UCUGUUCACUCGUCAACGUGAUUUUUGUGAAUUUAUUUUGCACUAUUGCCGUAGUGGGGCCUAGGUUAUUACGUUUUCGGCUCUCAGGUUCUUUCUGUUUUGACUUCCAGUUUGUUAGAAGAUUGGCUACUAUGCGGGCUGCUCACCGACUUGCUAGACUCCAACAUUCUCUGAACUGGUUGCUGAUAGCACUACAUCUUGCGCUCAUGCCACUUCUGCUAACCCUUGAAUUAAGCUCCGCUUCCACAUCGCCAUGGCAACCAUCCUGCCCGGCCAUAAGUGACUUUCGUCUCUUCGUCUCCAGGUACUCUCCCCGCAUCGGUGGCCCCUCCGUUGCCCAGUGCUCCACGGUUGCUCAGAGCGGGCGAGGGAAUCCCCUGCUUCGCUACGACGAGGGCUUGCCAAGUUUCAGGUCCAUUGAGGUGGAGCACGUUGUCCCCGCCAUCAACCAGAUCGUGGGGGAUUUUGAAGAGGGGCUAGAGGUUUUAGAGUCUCAGUAUGAAGCACUUGGUGAUGACGUUUCCUGGUCCAAGGUGUCAGACCCUCUGGAGAAGCUCGAGGCCCCAUUUGACUUUGGCUGGGGUGUGGUCACCCACCUAAACGCCGUCAAAAACAGCCAGCAACUCCGGGAUGCCUACCAGCAGGUGCAGCCACUGGUCGUCAAGGCAACCAGCAGGGUGACGCAGAGCACACCUCUCUACCGGGCUGUCAAGAAGUUGAAUGGUUCCGGCGCUAUCCUGGACGGUAGCCAGAGAAGGUUAUUAGAAUCAGCAAUACGCCAGGCCAGGCUAGGCGGUGUGGAGUUGACGGGAGACAACAAAGAACGCUUCAACCAGAUCAGGCUGAGGCUGGCUACCAUAGCAACACAGUUCAGCAAUAACGUCUUGGAUGCCACCAAAGCCUUCAGUCUAGAACUAACAGACAGGAGGGAUGUUGAUGGAGUGCCAGCCUCGCUGUUGCAACUGAUGGCUGCUAAUGCCAACCCAGAGAAACCAGAUCCAGAGAUUGGGCCGUGGAAGGUGACCCUUGACCUCCCUUGCUUUGAGCCCUUCAUGAAACAUAGCACCAACCGUGAGCUGCGGGAGAAAUUGUACAAGGCUUACAUUACCAGAGCCUCGCAGGGAGACCAUGAUAAUACAGACAUCAUUGAGGAGAUCAGAGCAUUGAGGAAAGAAAAGGCAGCCCUCCUGGGCUAUGCCAACUAUGCGGCGAUGUCUCUCUCCUCCAAGAUGGCCGAGAACGUUGACAACGUGUGGGCGCUGAUACACGGACUCAGAGACAAGAGCAAAGAGGCUGCAAAAAGGGAUUUACAACAGCUUCAAGACUUUGCCUCUUCUCGGGGUUUUGACGGCAGGCUACAGCUUUGGGACAUGGCAUACUGGAGCGAGAGACAACGAGAGCAUUUAUUCAAAUUUAAUGAUGAGGAUUUAAGGCCCUACUUCCCUCUGCCGCACGUCCUGGAGGGAAUGUUCAACCUAACGUCAUUUCUCUUCAAUGUGCAAAUCAAGCCUGCCGAUGGCACUGUAGAGACGUGGCAUGAAGAUGUCAGGUUCUUCAACAUACUCAACGAACAAGGUGAACAUAUAGCUUCUUUCUUUUUGGACCCCUACAUCAGACCGGCUGAGAAAAGAGGCGGGGCUUGGAUGAAUGUUUGUUUCGGUAAGAGUGAACUUCUGAAUCGCAAACCGGUUGCCUACCUAGUAUGCAACCAGACUCCGCCCCUAAAAGGCAAACCGUCCCUCAUGACAUUCCGGGAAGUGGAAACACUGUUCCAUGAGUUUGGUCACGGCCUGCAACACAUGCUGACAACGGUGCCUUAUGCUGGGGCAGCGGGGAUCAACAACGUGGAGUGGGACGCCGUGGAAUUACCGUCUCAGUUCAUGGAGAACUGGAUGUAUGAUGCAAGGACCAUGAGGGCAGUCAGCCGACACUACCAGACAGGGGAACCGCUGCCCGAUUCACUGUUUGACCAGCUGGUUAAAGCUCGUAAGUAUAGGGCAGGGUCAGCAAUGCUGCGACAGCUGUACUUCUCAGCCAUGGAUAUUGAACUGCACACAAGCACAGAUCACUGGAUGGACGUUAUGAGACGAGCUGCCGAUGAAUACACUGUCACGAAGCCACUGCAGGAGGAUAGAUUCCCCUGCUCGUUCCAGCACAUCUUUGCCUCAGGCUAUGCUGCCGGGUACUACUCCUACAAAUGGGCCGAGGUUAUGGCAGCAGAUGCCUUCAGUGCCUUUGAAGAGGUUGGUCUAGAUAACAAGGAGAGUGUUGCCCAAGUUGGCAGGAGAUUCAGAGACACCAUCUUGGCCCUCGGUGGCGGCACACACCCACGAGAUGUCUUUCAACAGUUCAGAGGUCGCGACCCUUCACCAGAGCCCCUACUCAGGACAUAUGGUUUGAUGUGAACGGAAAUGAAUUCUGUCCAGUUGGAUAGGUGCUAUAGGGCCUGGGCUUUGAAUGAAAGCCCUUUCAUCCUUGAGCGACGCGCACUUUGCAGCUUCUCUGGUUCAUCAAGCCGUCGGGUACAAUCCCCUUGUCACUCAAGUGUGGGACUUGUAAAUUUGAUGGGACUUGUAACUGUCUACUCGAUAAGCAAGAAGGGCACCCACUGCAUGUGCAGGCUUGUUUCUUAUGUCUGACAUGGAAUACACACAAGCAAAAAGUGUCUAUAACAGCACUUUAUUGCUAUACACGCUAGUCACAGCUCAGCGGCAGGAAUUUGUGAACCUUUAUAAUAUCCCGCGUCUGCAAGUAAAAAAAAAAGCUAUUUUCACAGUGUUCCAAAUACUAUUUAAAAACGAAAAUGGAGGGAAGACCUUCGCAAGCUAACGGUCCAAUUCAGUUAGUUAGUUUUAACCUAGCCCUCCCCAAACCAAAAGAUAGGAAGGGUGCCUAGUGUUUCAUCUAGGACUAAAGUAUCUGUCUUGCCCUUCCUAGCAAAGGUCACAAACUGCCCAGGAAAUGUGUUUCAAACUGACGCAUCCAGAGUUUUGGAAGGAUAUGUCAAGACCUAUUCACCAGUGUUAAAGAUUUAAGUAAAAAAGGCUUGUCGAUUUUGAACAAACAAAAACUGGCUGUCCAAAUUUCAAAUUUGCCCGUCCUCAAGAGAGACGGCUAAAGACACCAAGGCUGUCCUCUUACAGUUUUAUUAUCUACAGUUCAGUCCAUUUUUAAGAAAAACAAGCAUCAAGUUUGUUCUCAAUUCUUAGGUUGAUAACAGUUUCGAUGUUAAA